CAUUUCUGUCCUCCUAGGGAGCAAACCCGGCUGAAAGCCCUCCUCGUAGACCGAGACACGGAAGCGUGGCAGCAGGACCCCGCCUUCUCGGGUCUGCAGAGGGUUGGGGGCGUUGACGUGUCCUUCGUGAAAGGGGACUGUGUCAACGCCUGUGCUUCCCUGGUGGUGCUCAGCUACCCUGGGCUCGAGGUGGUGUACGAAGAGAGCCGCAUGGUCAGCCUGACGGCCCCCUAUGUAUCCGGCUUCCUGGCAUUCCGAGAGGUGCCAUUCCUGGUAGACGCAGUGAGGCGUCUGCAAGAGAAGGAGCCGAGCCUCGUGCCUCAGGUCCUUCUUGUGGACGGAAACGGGGUGCUCCAUCACCAAGGCUUCGGGGUGGCCUGCCACCUUGGCGUCCUCACAGAGCUGCCCUGCAUUGGGGUGGCCAAGAAACUCCUACAGGUGGACGGACUGGAGAACAAUGCUGUGCACAAGGAGAAGAUUCGGCUCCUGCGGUCUGGGGGAGAUUCGUUUCCUCUGACAGGCGGCUCUGGGGUUGUCCUGGGAAUGGCCCUGAAGAGCCAUGACCACAGCACCAAGCCCCUGUACGUCUCUGUGGGCCACAAGAUGAGCCUGGAGGCAGCCGUGCGCCUGACCCAUUGCUGUUGCAGGUUCCGGAUCCCAGAGCCUGUGCGCCAGGCUGACAUCCGCUCUCGUGAGUACAUUCGCAGGACCCUGGGACACUCCGGGCCACCCUUACCAGGGCAGGAGAGGAGCCAGAAGGGACCAUGGCCGAAGGCACACCCCAAAGGAAGCUCAGCAGAGCCAGCAGGAAAGGGCAGACACCUUGACCUCAGCAGAGGCCUGGGGACAGACCCAGAGACCACACAGCUGGGCUGCUGGGAGCAGCAGGGCAGGGCCUGGCCAUCACGAGGAGCUGGUCACCGUGAAGCUUCCAACUACCACCUCCUGCUCCAGUCUCAGGACAGUAGCCGCCCAGAGGAAAGGUCUCCAGGGACUGUGGGAUUUCUCACAGCUGCUGGUAGAAACUGACCAGAGCGCCCAGCAGGACUCUGCUAAGGUCAGUGGCUUCCCUGCCUUCAGCAUUGGGUGAUCUGUUAGUCACUGUGCCCAGAAGGACAGAUGUCCCCGAGGUGAGAUCUCUGUCCUCAGCACACAGAGGGGACCUGGGGUUCGGGUGUCUAGUGGGCCAGAGACUGGCAGCCUGUGCCGGAGCCCACAGUUCCUCCUGCACCAUCCGCACCUUGAAAUGCACACCUGCUGCCCUGGACUUUUCAGGCUUCACCUUAAGCCAUGCCCACCAGCCACGGCAGCCCACCCAGGGCUGGGGGCCCAAGCACAUGCCCCCGCCAGCACCACACAACCUGUGUGUCCUCACCCCGCAUGCCCAUCCUCUGGCCUUCGUGCCCUGGUUGUGCUCCCCCGUUCCUGCCUCCUCAUGAUACAAGGAACCCUGCCCCAGCCUGGUAGGCUGCUUCCUCCCUGAGUGGCUGCUGAGACUUCAGGGCACAGAGGGCUGCCUGUCCAGACCAUUCCCUCAGCUGCCAGAGUGGAGCUGACAGACGGUGGAUAGGUCUGGCUUCCCUGGUUAGGGUCAGGAUGGAGGGGAAAGGAAAGGAGGGUGCCAGAGAUGAAGGUGGCCAUGUGCUGAGUGUGCCAUGCUCCACUGAGCCCAAGGGACCUCACACAUACACACAUCUGGACGUCAAGCCUGUCCAGAGGAGACUGAGCUGCCUCACCCAAGCCCUUGGGCCCCGCUGAGGCAGAGUGCCCUGGCUCCUGCUCAGGACCUGUUUUCUCAGGGGGGAGCCCUCUGCCCUCCUCCCUGGGGUGUACCCAGGAGAGGGAGCAGCAGGUGCCCCUGUGGCGGGGUCCUGGGGCACAGCCCAGCCUAUACAAACGCAUACCUGCGGCCCUCUGCAUCCUCACGGAAGCCCGGACUGGAGGGCUCACAGUUGGCCCUACCAGCUGCCCUCCCAACUGCUUGCAGACUUUUCCCUCAGAGCUCUGGAGGACCAGAGGUUGGCAUUGGGAGUGUGGGGCUGGGGCUGAGCAGAGCUGGCUGGGAUCCAGCUGUCUCUCACUGGGGCUUUGGGUGAAGCACCUGUCAGGUGGCGAUAAUACCUGUCCCCCUCCCUGGGGCUGGGAAGGUGACAUACAAAAGGGGUUUAGCACGGAGCCUGGCACACAGUGGCCCCUUGAUGAAGGGAUGCCCUUAGUCUGGAAAAGUAAGACCAGAGAGACCUGGGCUGAUGGCCAUGCCAACUCAGAUGAAAAGAAACCAGGGCAGAGUUCUCUCCCACCACCCAGCUACAGGUCAGAGCAAGCCUGGCCACACCUGUUUAGGGUUGAACAGGCAAGACCGACCAACCUGGGGUUGGGACCUGCUGUCCCUUAAGUCCCCCUGUUCCAGCAGGAGAUCUGGGGGGCAGGAGGCUCAGAAGUGGUAGCCCCACACUGCCCAGCACACUGUAGACCCCAGCACAGAGGGGCAGCUUCAACUGUGAGACAGGCAGAGAUGGCUGUGUCCCCCUGUGGGGACUGGGUCUUCACACGGAGGGCACAGCCAGCACCUGCAGGGGGUCCGCCCAGCCCCUCGCCCCACCUUGAGGGGCAGGCCCGAGCCUUGAGGGAGGUUCGUGGAUAAACCUUUAGUUUUACUUUUGCAGUGCUGGGGAUGGAACCCAGUGCCUGUGCACUCCAAGCAUGAGCUCUGCCACCGAGUCACCUCCCUGCCCUGCAGACAACUUUUAUGUGCGUAAUUUUUGUUUGGAGAUUAAAUUCACCAUUUUGUUCAUUUUGAAGUGUGCAGUUCAUGGGCUUUUUCUAGUCAGGCAUUUUGGUGUGAACCUAUCCUUCCAGCUGCCCAAGCUAAGAUGUAAGGAUCACUUGAAUCCCAGAGAUCAAGGCCAGCCUGGGCAACACAGUGAGAACCUGUCUAAAAACAGAAAUAAACAAGAGCAUCCAUGGUCUGUCACCGUCUCACUGUCUAUUUCCAGAACAGUCUCAUCUUGCCACCCCACAGGGAAACCCCGUCAGCAGCCCUUGCUUACUUCCUGCUCUACUCAAGGGCGCUGCAUGCAAAUGGAUUGAGCCUCACACCCUUAGCGUGUGUGUUAAGGUUUAUGUUGUACCGUGUGUCAGUACGUAAGUCCCUGACGUAGGACCGUCGGAGUCUCCACCUUUCACAGGUGUAUCGUAGACCACUCCCUGUCGGGGACUUGCUUUUUUGUGACUAAUCCUCCGCUUCGUGAAUCUGUCACAGCUCGGCUCUCUGUGCUCCAGGUGGUGGGUAUUUGAGUUGCUGCUGUUUGGGGGCUGUCCUGGGUGAGUUGCCAUGAGUGUCGUGGACGAGCGUUUGUGUGACCGCGCUCCAGUUCUGGUUCGUGUACAGCUAGGAGAGACCACAAAGACGUUCUCCACGGUGGCUGCACCGUGUUACAACCCUGCCAGCGUGCACAGGCUGCCGGUUUCCCCGUGUCCCGGUCAGCUUGUUACUGCCCGGCCCCCAGCAUUCCGGCCGUCCUGGGGCGCAAAGCAGUGCCCCGUUGUCGGUUUGGUUCACACGUCCCCGUGACCUUUUCACGUGCUGCUGGCCAGUCCUACACCUUCUUGGGAGAAGUGUCUGUUCACGUCCUUUACCCCCACUUUUUAUAAUCGGGUUGCCUGCUUUUACUGCCAUGUGUCCCAGAUGCCCAGUGGUUGCUGGUUUUCGUGCUGGGAGUUUGUUGCCAUAUCUGAGUCAGUGGUGCACACUUACUUGUCUGUGGUAUUUUCUUUCUGUGUUCAUGGGCUCAUUGGAAGUGGCCCACCUUGACUACUGCUUUGGUACCUGUAACCUCCUUUUCCUGGGUGAGGCUUGUGUGGCAUGGGUUGAGUGCUCCCUCGGUGAUCUGAUCCGUGGGUGGUGGGAGCACAGCCCACCCCAGGGCUCAGAGGGCCCAGCUCAGACCACACUCACCAUCCGGCCUUUCCUGGCUCUCCCCAGGCGGGCAGCCACCCAUCAGCCAGCCUCAGGGUGAGCAGGUGCAGACCCACCUUCCAAGUCCUCCGAUGGGGCCUGACUUUGGGAGAUGUGGCCCAAGAGCGAGGACUGGAGGACGUGCAGGCACAGCUCCUCUCAGGAGGCUGUGCCACAGGGUUGGGGUUUAAUGAGGGCAGCCCUUGAACCCCAAAGGGACUAACUAGUUUAGCGUGAGGGGUUGGGGUGGCCCACAGCACUUGAGGGGUACAAGCCUUUUGCCACAGGCCCCCAACUCCGCUGCUAAUGGCCAUGCUAAUGCCACAUCAGCGGUGAGCAACGACAGGGCAUCUCCUCAGCUCUCAGAGACCCUGGCCCUUCCCUUGGUAGGAGGCAGUGAUAACAGGCAGGGCCAGCUGGGCCCUUUCCCCAUCUUCUAGAGGGGCUGGGCUGGCCCAAGGAAGGAGGGCACAGGGACCGGGGUCUGCACACAGAGGGGCAGGUGGAAGGCCUGGGUGCCCUGGUGACAGUGAGGUGUGAGACGUCACUGCUAAGGCAGAGGGGCCCUCUGUGGGGCCCUAAGUGCAGUGGCGUCUUAGCUCCUUCCCACAGAACCUUAAAAAUAGGGCCGCGGUGAGGGCCAUUUCCACAGACCACAGCUCACUGGCUCUAAGAAUAUUCUUGAGCCUCUUAAUAAUUCAAAUGGGAUCCAAAUAGAUGUUUCCCAUUCACCUGCUGGCCUCUGUGCCCACCCUGCCUGCAGCUGGGAAGACUGGCCUCUGGCUCGCACCCCAGCCCCGCAGGACCCCAGCCAGUCUGCCUUCCCCACUCCCGUGGCCAUCAGGAACGGGGCUGCCCCAGGUGGUGUGACCAAGGCAGCCAGGAGAGGCCCAGCCCUCAGGCUGUGCCUCUCUCAGUGGGAUGGUGGGAUCAGUGUCUCCAGAGUGAGCUGUGGGGUCUGGGGCAGUAGGGGUGUCUGACCAGGACCCGGACCUGGGCCUCCCUCCUCUCCCAGGCUGUGCCCAAGCAGCAGACAGCCCUCACCUAUCAGCUUCUGGCUCCAGACUCUAGAGAGGAACGGGUGCUCCCUGGGAGGUAGUGGUGGGUGGGGGUCACCAGCCUGGCUCACCCUACCGGCAGCAGCCCAGCCUAGCAGUUCUGUCUGCACUGCCCUGGCCAGGUCCUGUGUGGAGUUUUACCUAAUUAUUAAUUAAAGGCAAAGGCGAGUGGCAGUGCUGACAGCCAGAUAAAUAGCAUGUGGGGUGAUUAGGGCGGCGUCGUGGGAAGGACAGAGCACAGCCUCACCCUAGUCACUUCCCCCUGCAGGCUGACAGCUCCCACCGGGCUCCUAGUGCCUGGGUGGCCGGAGGCAGGCAGGUGGGGGCAGUGCAGGCCCUGCCAGCCAUGGCCGCCCCCUCCCCUGCAGAACAGGUCCAGGUCCUUUGUCCAGGUCCUGCCCACCAUGGUGUGAGAAUGCUGGGAAGCUGAGGUGGGCCCAGAGAGGGGGACAGACCUGAGGUGGACAGGGAGGGGAAGAGGACAAGGUCCCAGCACGCGGGGUCGUACCCUGCCUGCUCAGGGGCGCAGGGCCUGGUAGAGCUGGGAGUGGGCAGCUUGGAUGUUUUGAUGUUACAUCAGUUUCAUGUAUAUGUUUUUCUAAUCAAGGUCAUAAAUGUGCAUAGUUUGGAUAAUCAAACAGUUCUGUGAGGCUUGCUGUGAGAAAACAGUGCCUUCUUUCCCUCCCACACCACUCCCCUGACUCCUCCUCCUCUCAGGCUAACUCUUCUGUCAUUGUAGCUGAUUCUUUUGAUGUUUACUUCUAAAUAGCAUGCUAAUAUUGCUGCGUUUUUCCGAUUUAGAAAUUACCCAUUGACUUCCUGCUAAGAGGAUUGAAAAUUUGUUCUCUAGCAGCAGCUCCCGUACAGGCCUGCGCGCGUGCACGCUCACACACACACACACACACACACACACACACACACACACACACUCUUCCAGCCAUCUCGUUUCAGGGCCUCACAAGUCAGUGUAUGUGGAUUAUUUCCUCGCAUACACUAGUCACAGCUGAGUACUGGGUUGUAAUUGCUUUUCUUAGGCAACCUCUUGUUUGUCCUGGACUUAGUAAUUGCCUUGGCUUCGGGGCGGGGUUGGUUUAUUUUCUGUGUACCCAUUACUUAUUUAUCCCUAAAGCGUGCAGUGGAAUAAAAUGGGCUGUAAAUCUCCCUUUGGUACAUUGAAAACAUCAGGCUACUGAUGAGUUGGUUUUUCUUGGAGCCUGUGGUGGCGGGCGGCCCCUGCCCUGCCACGAGGUGCCAGCAUUAUUGUGUGCAGCCAGCGGAGGGUGGCAGCACCAGUGGUGUGUCAGUCCCACGGUUAGGACAAGGGACACGUGGCUCUAGCCUUGCUGGCGUUCUCUCUCCCUGUCUUUUUCUCAGGCACAUGAGUGUCCAUACGUGUGUGUGUGUGUGUGUGUGUGUGUGUGUGUGUGUGUGAGAGAGAGGGAGAGGGAGAGAGACACUGGGGAUUAAAUGCAGGGCCUUCAUCUAUCUCUAGUCUUUUUCUUUUGAGACAGGAUCUCACUAAGUUGCUUGGGCUGGGUUCAAAGUCACUAUCCUCCUGCCUCAGCCUCCCGGAGUGCUGGGAUUACAGGUGUGCACCGCCACCUGGUUUCAUCAUUCAUUUUGAGGGAAAUCAGCUGCCACUGUUAAGAGGGCCACGUGAAGGAGAGCCAGCAUCCUGCCACUGACCAGGUGAGGGUGCCAUUGUAGAAGCGGCUCCUCCAGCCCCGGUCAGAAGAGAUGACUGCAGCGUGAGUAUUAUCUCCCGCCCCACCCUCAUCCCCUGGUACUGGGGAUUGGACAGAGCACAUGCUGAGCUACA